GUUUAGUUUGGCAUCGCCCUCGGAGAGCUGUGUAGAGCUGGCGGGAGUUCAGUGGAUUUAGGAAAAAAAAAACAAGUUAUACCUCCUCCUAUGUGUUCGUCGGGUAGGAUAAGAUGUUUGUAAAGACGUCUGUUUUGAAAUUUCAACAACAUUUAUUUGUGAGUUGUCUAAGUUAGAUAAACUGUACCAGCUCACGCUGUUCACGCUCGAAGGCGUUCCUGACUGGAAAUGGGAUUAAACUGAAAUGAUGUAAACUGGAAGGUUAGUCACUGGAGUGAUGCAGUGAGUGAUGGCAUGGCAGAGUGGCACACUGGUCCUGCCUUUCUUCACUCUGUACUUCUUCGCCUGUCUUUGUUCUUACGCCUCCCUUGGGCAGGAUGUAAGUUGCUGGUGGAAUAAAGGCGUAUCUGUCAACCGUAAUGUGUCUAUUGAGUGUCAAGCAGACCCACUGAGGUCCCUGCAGAAGUGUGAUCGCUGUCAGCUUCGUCUUAUCGCAGCUGAAAACUCAACACUGGCUGUGCCCCACCAGUGCACCCACAACACUGCAAAUUUCACCGCCGUUUUGUCACCACAAGCCCUGCAGGACAUAAGCUGUGAGCUUUUGUGUGGAGGGACACCUAAAGCCUGCACGAUAAAAGAAGGCUAUCCACCUCCCACUUGCUUAAUUCCAUUGUAUGAUGUACAGCGAAAUAUCCACUGCCGCUGGACCAGCUUAUAUAAUCUCCUCAACCCAGCCAACUUCACCCUACAUUGGGAAGAGGAAGAGGAAGAGGCUGAUGAAACAAAGAACCAUGGCUCUCGUGUAAUGGGGAAUAGCGACUAUGGCACAAUCCGACGUGAUAAAUACACGAGGAGCUUUCACGUCAGAGUGUGGGUCUCUGCUGUGAGUGCGCUGGCCACUGUGCAGUCAGAAGCUGAAACCUUCAACACAGACAAUAUUGAAGAGCCACUGUCUCCGUUAUUCACCAGUCACACAUGUGAUCCCUUUGAGAUCUUCUGGUAUGUGGAGGAAGACGACUACGAGACAAGCUCACAACAAAGGAUAUGUGAGGUCCAAUACAAGGAUGAAUGUGACCUGGACUGGACAGAGGUUGAAGAAACCUUUGACUCAAGCUUUGUGCUAGAUCAUCCUGUGCCAUUUCCCAAGUUCCGUGUUCGCUGUGGUGUUCGUGGAGAAAGGAUUAUUAUGAGUAACUGGAGUUUAUACACCACCAGGACUCCUCCUAGAGAUCUGGCAAUACCUGAGGUGCUACUCAACGUGACAGGCGGGAGCCAGUUUCUGGAUGUGUCGUGGUCAGUACCCUCACAGUUCAUUGAGAACAUACAGGAGUAUGUGGUGCAGCAUAAGCCUAUAGGACUACCUCACACACUUUGCCCAAACUGGGACAAAGUGGACAGAACCCAGAACUCGGUCACAUUCGGAGAUCAGUCUUGGAACUACACAGCCUACAAUGUAUCUCUGUUCGCUGUGAUCAACAACUGUAGCCAUUUACUCCAGUCUGCUACUGCAUACACAGUUCAUGAAGUGCCUCCAAAAGUCACAGACGUUCGUGUUACAGACAUCUCUGCGUCUAGUGCAAUUCUGACAUGGGAGCCUCUUCCACUUGAUAAGAGAGUUAUUCUGAAGUACUUAGUGGGCCUCAGUGACCAUAAAGUGUUGAAUGUGAGCAGUGAUGAGAACAGCGUCCUUCUGCCUGAGCUGAACCCUGCACAGCAGUAUGAAGUGUGGAUCAGUGCAGUGACUUCUGGUGGGCAGGGAGAGAGUACAACUAUCUUAUUUACCACUAAAAGUGCCACUGUCAUUUCUGAUUACACCAUUACAGUAGUGGUGGUCACAGUUUUGGUGUGUCUCACAUUCCUUAUAAUGAUGAUAUUUGUUUUCAUAAUUUGCUAUUCCUCAUGGCUCCAGGGCAAAGUAUGGCUGAAGAUUCCAGAUCCUAUCAACAGCAGCUUGUUUCAGCAGAGGAACAAUCAGUUCCAGCAAUCAUGGCUGGUACCUCACAGACCCUCAGAGCAUGCUCUAAUGAUCUCUACGGUAGAUGUGAUCUUGAUUUCUGACAGCCCCUUUGACCCAGAGGCUGAACUGAUAGUGGAGUUACCUGAGGUGGAGCAGCAGCAGACUCGGCCAGAGGAAGACAGAGAACACGGAGAGGAGGGAGAAAAAGAGCUACAAGAGCCUGGAAGAUUAGACAGGAAUGAUUCCAUGCUACUUCAAAGAGCAAAUGAGUACAGACAGGUGAUUGACAGCAGUGAGGAAGAGGCAAGCAGAGAAAAUGAUGAUGAUGACUGGGAUGAGCUGCCAUCUCCUUCAGACUAUGAGAAACAUUUUUUGCCCUCUGUUCAAGAUAUGUAACUUUUUUUGUACUUGGGACCCUGAUUUGUAAUGGAAAGUUAUUCCAAACUUCUUGAUGUCCUUCAUACUGUAUGUUUUUCAAAGAUUUUUGAACAUUCAGGGAAAACUGAACAUUUAUUACCUUCAAAAGACAUUUUUGUGACCAACUUUUUUGUAUCUUGCAUCUCGAUUCAUAUAGUCAUAAUAAUAACUGAAGCAUACUCAGUAGUUCUCAAUGUGCUAUAGUUCUUUGUGCUGUGUUUUUUGUUUUUUUUUUUCGUUAAAAGACACUCGGGGUGCCUUAAGCACAUUUAUUAGUAUCAGACUGACAAAAUUUAUCGACAAAAGUUAUGCAAGCACGUUGGCCUUUAUUCAUCAAAGCUGUAGAAACUGUAUGAAUGCGUAUUUGACCUCCCUGAAUAAUGUGCAAAGUACUCUGCAUCUGAUUUGUGAAACUGUUGUAUGACAUGAAAACAACCAAUGGCUGCAUACUAAAUAGAGUAGUAGAACCACUAAUAGUACUGUAUUUAGAAACAGAGUGUAGAGAAUCCAGAGGAUCUGUGUGUUAGUGGACCCUUUGGUGGUCCUCGGGCCAAUACUGAAGGGGGCAGAGGUUCAUAGUGGGACAGUGAUGGUACUUUGUCAUAAAAAUCAGCGAAAAAAUAAUUGACUUAACAAUAAAAAAAAUGUUUUUAAAUGGUAAGCAAUAUUAAUACAAGCCCUACAACAACACCACACAAAGCAGCUUUUUUCCCCCUCUGGUCCCUUGCCUCUAGAAACAAACUCCUGCACUAGUGAACUAGUAAUUCAUGAAGAUGUUUCAAUAGGGAGCCAGUGAAAGAAAAACAUUCAGCAGAGUCAUGAGCCAAUGGUUGUCCUCAGGUGGAGUUUUGGGUCAAACAGGGAAUGCGCUGCUCCCCCUACUGGCCAGAGGUUAAAUAACUUUAUGUUUUUUUAAAUUACAAUUGAAGAGAAUCAAUUGUGAAAUGAAUAAAAUGUCAUGGCUUUAUUCAAGAUGGUAUAAUGACAAGGUGUAGUAUGAUUAUUUUAUCCACUUUAGGAUUGCCAAAUGCUAAAUUAUUAGUAAUAUAUUCUCUUUUUUUAUUAUUAUUGUUUUUACUGAUAUUAUGAAUGAUAUUUUUAAUAAUGAUGAUUAUCUAACUGUUUUUAUGUAUAGAAAAUAUUACGCUCAAAUUUACCUGCCCUCCUACCAGACUUGAGUUUGACUGUACUUGUAUACCAAACAUGAAAUAAUCUGCUGGUCAGAUUUGCAUGCACUCGUUUUAUGAUUAGCUCAACUUUGAUGAAUAAGGGCCAAAGACUUGUACACAUGGAAUACUUAAUGGUCAGUAUAACUGAUUAUAGAUAUUCAUGGAUUGAACUGUUUGUGGUUUUGAAACCUUUUAUAGAUGCCCAUGACAAGUGCUGAGAUCAGAAGUAUAACUUCAUUGGAUAUCAGAGGCGCCUGUCCUACAAGCAGUCAGAGUAAAUUUUCAAUGUACGAUAUUAGUCCCAGCUUCUGGAACAAAGACUACAGCCAAGUGACUCAAACUGACUGCCAGCCACAGUUACUAUGCAGAAAUGAUCCCAAAGUCCUUGAUGCACAAGCAGUGUUUGAUAGAUAUUUUGCAUUCAGGGCAUUUUACAGGGAAGUUUACAUUUCACUGUUUACCUUUUUAUCUAAUAAAUGUUCCUAUAUUUUCACAAAUGUAUAAGAUCAUUAUUUUCUAUUUCUUAUGCUGUAAUUGUUUUACUGUAAAUCUCCUUAGAAUUUACUAACCAAUAGUGCAAACUGUAUAUUAUUACACUAUAUAAAUUAAAUGCUGUUAAUAAUAAAGAUGAUAUCCCUGUGUAA